AUGUUCUCCUCUCCUAUACCCCGGCUCCUCUCUGUGCUGCUGGCGGCAUGGACCCUGCUCGCAGCGGCACAAGACGAUAUACGCUCGGUGAAUCUUCGAACGCAUAGCUUGCAAGAGCCCUACCUCGAUGGCGAAAUGCAAUCACGAUGGUGGGAUUUUGGCGGCUCGACCAUCAUCCGCCAAGACCAGUACGUCCGUCUGACGGCCUCACGCCCCUCGCAAGCGGGGUGGAUCUUUAGCAAAGUCCCCUUGACCGCCACGAACUGGGAAAUCGAAGUCGAGUUCCAAAUCUCGGGCACGGGCAGCUUGUUCGGGGACGGAAUGGCAAUGUGGGUGACGAAGCAGCGGGCGGAGAUGGGCCCGGUGUUUGGCAUGAAAGAUCAGUUCGAGGGCUUGGGAAUCUUCUUCGACACAUACAAGAACAACCGGCCAGGCGUCGUCUUCCCGUACGUCAUGGCGAUGCUGGGCGACGACCGCACUCCGUACGAUCAGGCCAACGAUGGCAAGUCGAAUGAGCUCGCGGGCUGCUCGGCGCGAGGCAUUCGCAACGCGGAUACGCCGACCAAGGCGAAGGUGACGUACUUCCAGGACAAGCAGUUGACCGUCGACCUGAUGUACAAGAACGAGGAGGACUGGACGCGGUGCUUCGAGGUGUCCAAUGUCCGAUUGCCCUCGGUGUCGUAUUUGGGCUUCUCGGCGGAGACGGGAGAGCUCAGCGACAACCACGACAUCAUCAGCGUGACGACGAAGAAUCUCUACUCGGCAGGCGGAUCGGGUGCAGGGAGCAGCGACAGCCGCAGGAAGAGUCGGGGAAGAGGGGGAGCGCAGUCGAAGAGCAGUGGAGGCUGGGGCUGGUUCUUCUUCCGCUUUGUGAUCUUUGGACUGCUCGUGGCAGGCGCAUGGAUUGGUUACACCGCUUAUCGCGCCAGGCAGAGGGACAGGUUCUAG